AUGCUCCGGGGUCUCUUCAUUUCCGGCCUUCUUUUUUCGUCAUUCGUUCUGGGCGGCGAGACACACCGCGUCAAUGGUGAAGAUGUCGAAACCGUAUCGAUAGGGAGCUAUUUACCUCCAGCUCUAUUUUCCCACCUCAGCACUUCUAAUCCUGACCCAAAGGAUGUGGUUGUCGUGGCCUCGACCACUGACGGCAUAAUGAACCAACUUCGAGCUGCUAAGCCCUUCAGACGGUCAUACAUCUACGUGGUCCAAAAAGCCGACGAAACAUUCUGGACCUCUUUCCAGAGAUGGAAGGACAGGGCUUAUUACGCAAGCGGUUUUAAGAAUUCCGCUGCGUGGUUCGUGAAGUGGGUUCCAGUAAAAUGGUCGAGCGUCGUCGGGUAUUACGAACUGACGACCAAUGACCCGACUGAUGAUCCCAAGUAUUUUCCCAACCACGACUUCAGACCUCACUAA